UGGAAACCGCCCCGUGUCCCAUUUCCUCCUCUUGUUUUCGCUCCGGAUUCUCCAUGUUGGACCCAAACUGAGGAGCCCGGAGCUGCCACCGGGGGAUCGGGGCUGGGGGCACCGGGGAAGCCGCCGCCUGGCUCGCCCGCCCUCUCUGCAGGCCGCCUCCCUUCCCGGGCCCGGGGAGGAAACGCGAGGGGGAUGUGAACAGCCGCGGGAGUCGGAGUCUCGGGAGCAGGAGCCCGACGGGCCCCCGCCCAGGCCCCCCAGCCCAGCCCGCCUGCGCGCCCGCCCGCGCGUCCUCCCGCCCAGCCAGCCCGGGCCCGCGGGAUUGUUAGAUGGAACACGGCUCCAUCAUCACCCAGGCGCGGAGGGAAGACGCCCUGGUGCUCACCAAGCAAGGCCUAGUCUCCAAGUCCUCUCCUAAGAAGCCCCGUGGCCGCAGCAUCUUCAAGGCCCUCUUGUGCUGUCUCCACACACAGCAUGUUGUCCAGUCAAGCUCUACCACUGAGCUCACACACAAGGAGGAGGCCAACACUAUCGCCAAGUCCGAUCUUCUCCAGUGUCUUCAGUACCAGUUUUAUCAGAUCCCUGGGACCUGCCUGCUCCCCGCGGUGACAGAGCAAGACCAAGGCAGGGUCUGUGUGGUCAUUGACCUGGAUGAGACCCUUGUGCACAGCUCCUUCAAGCCAAUCAACAAUGCUGACUUCAUAGUGCCUGUAGAGAUUGAGGGGACCACGCACCAGGUGUAUGUGCUCAAGAGGCCUUACGUCGAUGAGUUCCUGAGACGGAUGGGGGAGCUCUUCGAAUGUGUUCUCUUCACUGCCAGCUUGGCCAAGCUUCUCCUUCUCUUCCAGUAUGCUGACCCUGUGACUGAUCUCCUGGACCGGUGUGGGGUGUUCCGGGCCCGCCUGUUCCGGGAGGCUUGUGUGUUCCACCAGGGCUGCUAUGUCAAGGACCUCAGCCGCCUGGGAAGAGACCUGAGGAAAACUGUCAUCCUGGACAACUCCCCUGCAUCUUACAUCUUCCACCCAGAAAAUGCAGUGCCUGUGCAGUCCUGGUUUGAUGACAUGGCAGAUACAGAGCUGCUGAACCUGAUUCCAGUCUUCGAGGAGCUAAGUGGAACAGAUGAUGUCUACACCAGCCUUGGGCAGCUGCGGGCCCCUUAGCCUUCCUGCUCCAAGAAACGGCCAUCCCAACAGGGGACUUUGCUAUACUGUGCCUUUGUGAUCAGCCUGACUGACAGGGUCUGCAAGUAGCCAGGGCGUGUGGGACAAAAGCUGUAUGGCAGGUCACAGGCAGAGCAGGAAGUCAGACCAAGACCUGGAGCUCUCUGCACCCUGUGCUCAAUUCCCAGGUGUGUGUGUGUGUGUGUGUGCGCGCGCACGCGCGCGUGCGCGCGCGUGCAUGCAUGUGCCCAUCCGGUAAACUAUGGUCCAGGGUGCCCAGUUGUCCAGUAGGGGGAGAAGCUGAAAGAUCAAGACUCAACCCAAGUCAUUUGUCUCCUUUCCUGCUCUGCUGUGAGCUACUGAGCUUUACAGCCAUGAAAACUAUUGUAGGCUCCCUCGCCAAACCAUGGCUUUUCCUCAGCAUCACAAGACCUGUGCCAAGGAGAGAGAGAGGUCAGAGGCUGCUUGGAUGCCCAGACACACAUCAUUCAGAAAACACGGAAACCUAGCCCACAGCUGCAGACAUGUUUGGGAGUAUGAGAGCGUGUUCGCAGACCCACCAGGCUCUGUGUUCUAUGGGCUGUGCCUGGCUCCAGCAGAAUGCCUGCCGUGGGCGCUUCUACGUCCCCGGGCUCCAGUGCCAGGCCAGCUUUCUCACUCCCAAGCCAUAGUCCUACUCCCAUGGGAAAGGAGGCUUCUCUCUGCCCUGGAGGAGGACAGACAGCUGAUUUAUGUUCUUUUAACUCUUAAAAUUCUCUUUCUAAUCUUGGAGUGGUUUGUAUCUGGCCCAGCUCCAGUCCUGGGCCUGAGGUUUGUGUGGGAAGUGCUGGGGUACAAGGAAAAUGCAAAUGUUCAAUGCAAGAUGUCUGUCUCCUUGCUUGUAGAUCCCAAAAGUGCUCUUCAGGGGUUCUGUGCUAGCUGAUACAAGGACAUUAGCUCCAAAGGCUGGGGAGGGCUAGACUCUCCCUUUGUGUCUUCCCCGGUGUCCCGCCCUGGCUAACUCUUGUCUGUUCUGGCCUUUGUCCUUCUUGGCCGUUUGUCUUCCUCUCCAGGGCCUUGGGAGAAGGACUUUCCCAGGUUGUAGGUGUUGCUCUUACUUGAUUUGCCAAAUGCCUCCUGCUUCUGGUCAUAGGACUGAGUGAGUCCUCAUGGCCCUGUACUCUGAGCAUCCCUGAACAUCUCAGUCCUGUUGCUUUAAAUGUCAGUCACAGAGUGGAAGUUUCCCCAGAGCGGAAAGCUAAUGGGAAGUGUCACUGUCGUUGGGAACCCAAGGGACCCCUGAGGAGCCUCCACCUCAGCAUCACUGCCUUAACUGAGUCCUGCCCAGGGUUGGGUAGGAUUCUCAGCACUCCCUCCCUCUGAGGUGGGCGGGAGUUCCUACCCCGGUCUCUGCUUCCUGCUCCCCCCCACCCCCAGGCAGGUCAUUGUUUAUGGGUUGGUUCAGGUGUGGUCACCUCCCACUCAGGAGUCAUAUUUUCUAGUUUCCACACACUAGGUCCUAGCUUGGUGGUAUGAGUGGAAGCUGGCUGGCAUUCCUCCAGCGCUCUGCAGACUUCUUCCUGGGCCCGAGGCUAUGGAGCCUUGUCUUUCACUUCUGUGACAAAAGCAUGCCAUUUCCCCAGCACCAUUUGCUGGUGUCUGUAGGGUCCUCCCAAGGUGAGCUGAGGGCUGCAGGUGCUAGCCAGGAGCAUGGGAGCUUGGCUGUGGCUUCAGGUCCAGGCCCUGGUCUCACUGGCGUCCCAGUACUGCAGAAGGGGUCCUCUCACAAAGCUACUCUGAGGGCUGGUCUUGACUAAGCAAUAAGGGCCUCAGAGUUGAUUGAAUUUUAAGGUUCCUUUCUGGCUUCUUGGUUCUCCAUGCUUUACCUGUGACCAAAGCCCAGUGUGGCUUCAUGGAGCCCUGCUGCUUCUCCAUGAAACCCUAGCUCUAGGCCUGACUGCCACCAGAAUUCUCUUACCACCUGCAGUCGGCUACAAAGAUGCCAUAUCAACUCCUCUCUUCCCAAAACUUAACAGGACCUGCUGUGGUGGCACGGAGUCAGCUAGGUGUUGUAUCUUGCUAUCCCUGUGCUAGUUCCAUGUUUUAGGAGCAAGUGAUGCUGGGGAGGAGAGGAGGGCAAGAUUCAGAGGAGCCAGUGCCUCCUGAAGCUCUUGCUCCACUGCCACCAGCCUGCCCUAGUGCAGACUCAUCUUCAGGAGUCAGUAGACCACCGGGCCGGGUGUCAGCAGGCUCCACUGCCACCAGCCUGCCCUAGUGCAGACUCAUCUCCAGGGGUCAGUAGACCACCGGGCCGGGUGUCAGCAUCCACUCAAAGCCAUGCUAGGAAUCUGCCCCCUGCCAGGUUCAGCUCUUUAAGGUGCCUCUUCAGGGACACAGUGUGUGUCUGAUUGGGCUUCUCAUCAAAAGCCUGAUGUUCCUGUCCCUCUUAUAGGGGGAGCUUUGGACACAGGACCAGUUUGAUAAAGGGCCAGGUAAGGGUUUCCACUCUGCACAUUGUAGAGGGGACAUCGUAGGCCCAUGGGUCCCUAAUUAAAGAAGUUGAGUGAAUUUGCCUUUGUUUAACCAGGGACCUGUCUCACUCCCUCCCAAAGAUUUUUGUAUAAUUGUAUAACCCCCUCUGUUAACAGUGGCCCAGAAAAGCUUUGUACUAAAAGCAUGGGACCCUCUCAGCAAGCAUUCCCGGGAGAUGGUCCCUUGUAGGUCCAUGCCCUGCCUUGUUCAGAGGCCGCUUGGCAGUGUGGCCUGUUUGUGCUGUCCUGCAUCCAGUGAGUUGGCCUGGCUAAGUGAGAACGGUGAGCCAUUUCCACUUUGGGCUACUUAACCACGGCUACUCAGUUCCUUUUUUAAAAAUAGCCUAGUCGUCCCCCCCCCCACACACACACACACAGGGUUUCAUGAAUUCCAUACGGGUUUGAACUCCUGUUUAGCCAAGAAUGAUCUUGAACUGGUCUCUGGCCUCCACCUCCUGAGUGCUGGGGUUACAGGUGUGAUCACCUUGCUGGCUUAUGAGGUGCUGGGAACAACCCAGGGCUUCGUGCGUGUCAGGCACGCAUUCCCGACUAAGCUACAUCCCCAGUCCCUCUUUGUAGAAAACAUAAGUUAAGUCCAUAUGCAGGGGAGAAGAGGCCACAGGCCAGGCCAGUGUCCCAUCCUUUAGUGUGGGGUCACAGUAAGCUGGUGAUACUUGUUGCCUGUCAUUACCCCAGAUCUGUCUGUUUCCAUGAUGCCAAUUGGAGGGGAGGGGUCUGCUUCCCACUGUGACCAGGCUAUGGGAUCCUUGACCACCUUGCUUCAUGAUUUGAUACAUUUGUUGUAUUCAAAAACUUGAACUGUAGGAUGCCAUUAAGAGUCUGUUUAUAUUUUUGGAAUAUUUGUAUUAAAAUUGUUAAUAAAGGCUGGUUUAAAACCUAUGCAUGAGUGGGAGCUG